AAGCACAUCCUAGCAUUGUUCAGAAGGGGCCAGAUUGAAUAUAUGCCCGAUAAAUAUAUUUUGAAAAGGUGGAAGAAAACUGCGAAAGCUGGAUUGGUGUCAGAUGCAAAUGGCAACGAAAUUAAAGACUCUGCAGAUCCUGGUCUUUUAAUAAAGCGGAGUACAAUGUCCCGACUUGCUUCAGAUGUGGUUGAGGAUGCAUUAAUGUGUGAAGAAGGAUGUGAGCUAGUGUCAGAGACUCUAAAAAGUUUGCGGGUGAAGUUGAAGUUGUUGAAGGAUGGACCAAGUAAUAACGAAGUUGGAGGGUCUAGCUCUCAAACACAAUAUAUGAAAGACCCUAAGAGAGUAAGGUGCAAAGGAAGGUGGAAACAAGUAACGGGAGCAAAGGAAAAGCCAAUGAAGCGAGGGAUUCGACACUGUCGGGAGUGUGGAGACAUUGGUCAUGAUAGAAGACAAUGCCCAAGAAAUUUGAACACACCGACAUCACCGUCAAACAAUGAGGAAUCAACUCCAAUAGAUCUCAGUGACCCAUUAUUCGACGAAUUUUACAGGAUGCACGGACCUACCGAAUGAUUUAUGUUUGUAUUAUACAAA